CCACUUUUCUCUCUCCUCACACUGCUCCUGUUUUCCAUUUCCUGCCGUAGAAAUCGUUGUCGAGUCGCAAUAAAUCGGCAGUCGUCGGAACCUAGAGAGAGAAAGUACGAAUUUUUCCAGUCACUUGGAUCGGCGAUGGCUUCAUCUGCAGAUCGCGAGACCGCCGUUUACCUCGCUAAACUCGCCGAGCAGGCCGAGCGCUAUGACGAGAUGGUUGAAUCAAUGAAAAAGGUGGCCAAGAUGGAUGUGGAAUUGACAGUAGAAGAGAGGAACUUGCUAUCAGUAGGGUACAAGAAUGUGAUUGGGUCCCGAAGAGCUUCAUGGAGAAUCUUGUCAUCAAUUGAGCAGAAGGAAGAGUCAAGAGGGAACGAGCAGAAUGCUAAGCGGAUCAAGGAGUAUCGACAGAAGGUGGAGGCAGAGCUCACCAAUAUUUGUAGUGACAUCAUGACUGUCAUUGAUGAACAUCUGAUUCCCUCGUGCACGGCUGGUGAAUCCACAGUGUUCUACUAUAAGAUGAAAGGGGACUACUAUAGGUAUCUUGCUGAGUUCAAGACGGGUAAUGAUAGGAAAGAGGUUGCUGAUCAGUCACUGAAAGCAUACGAGACGGCUACCACCAGUGCUGAGGCAGAGUUACCCCCAACACAUCCCAUCCGCUUGGGUUUGGCGUUGAAUUUUUCAGUCUUCUACUAUGAGAUUUUGAACUCACCUGAAAGGGCAUGCCACCUCGCCAAGCAAGCCUUUGAUGAAGCAAUUUCCGAGCUUGAUACCUUGAACGAGGAAUCAUACAAAGAUAGCACCUUGAUUAUGCAACUUCUUAGGGACAAUCUGACACUCUGGACCUCUGACAUCCCGGAGGAUGCAGACGAAGCCCAAAAAUUGGAUGCUGCCAAAGCUGGAGGUGAGGGUGCAGAGUGAGGCUUCUGGAUGAUUAGGGCCUGCCACAUCCGUGGAUAAAGAGAACAUUGAUUUCAGCUGGGAUGUUUGUUUUCUGUCGUAGUUGGAUACUCGUUUUACAGUCGUGUCUUAUGGCUUGUUUACUGUUUAUGAUUGGUGUUGGCUUGUGGUUUAUAUUGGAUCCCCUUGCCUGUGAAUUUGAUGUGGCCUAUAGGUGGUUUAUUUUUAGCGACUACCUUAGCCUAGAUCGAACUCUCUGUGUUUGCAUGCCAUUUCGGACAUAUACGAUCUAUUCUUGCCUCCACUUUAUAGACCACCAAAACCGGGAUCUGUUGAUUAGUAGACCACGUGGCAAAGUCACAUUUGGAAGGCUACCUUGUUUAUGUGGAACUUUUUCAGUCAAUUUUGAGUCUCUUAAUUGAUUUCAUUUAAAA